UCAUGCACCAUUUGUGAUAAAAAGCCCUUAUCAAAAGUUGGAAGGACAAAGUUUGAUGUUUUCCUCUUUUGACAAAGAUGGUUCUGUACAGAUUAUGUGUUCAAUUUCAACCAACAAAGCGAUGAAUCUCGUCUAAUUGUGUAACAAUACAGAACUCUGUGAGCCAAGGCGCCCAACCCAAUCAAACCCACAUGAACUCUCGUCUCAAUGGCUCUGCUCGUCUCAUGCUAGUCUCAGAUCUUGAUUACACCAUGGUGGAUCAUGAUGAGCCUGAAAAUCUCUCUCUUCUGAGGUUCAACGCGCUGUGGGAAGCAAAUUACCGCCAUGAUUCUCUGCUGGUAUUUUCAACCGGAAGAUCACCAAUCACUUACAAACCAUUGAGGAAUGAGAAACCAUUGCUAACGCCUGAUAUAACAAUCAUGUCUGUGGGAACUGAGAUUAUGUAUGGUUAUGGUGAGGCUAUGGCUCCUGAUAAUGGGUGGAAGCAAAAUCUGAAUCACAAGUGGGAUAGAGAGGUUGUUGUUGAGGAAACUAAUAAAUUUCCUCAACUUACUCCACAGGAAGAGGGAGAGCAACGACCUCACAAGGUUAGCUUUUAUGUAGAGAAGGCUGUGGCAUCGGAGAUAAUGAAUGUUUUAUCACAACGGUUGGAGAAACGUGGGUUAGAUGUGAAGAUAAUUUAUAGCAGUGGGAUUGCUUUGGACGUUUUACCAAAAGGGGCGGGCAAAGGGCAAGCUCUUGCAUAUUUGUUGAAGAAAUUCAAACUUGAGGGGAAGCUUCCCAACAACACUCUGGUUUGUGGUGACUCUGGAAAUGAUGCCGAACUAUUCAGUCUUCCUGAAGUGUAUGGUGUGAUGGUCAGUAAUGCAAAAGAAGAAUUGUUGCAGUGGUAUGCAGAAAAUGCACACAGAAAUCCCAACAUACUUCAUGCAACAGAGAGAUGUGCAGCUGGGAUAAUACAAGCCAUUGGAAAUUUUCAUCUGGGUCCAAAUGUAUCUCCAAGAGAUUUCAAAGAUUUCCAAAAGUGCAAAGUGAAGAAUUUUAGUCCUGCACAUGAGGUUGUAAAGUUCUAUUUGUUUUAUGAGAGAUGGCGGCGUGCAGAAGUGGAGAAAUCUGAGCAGUAUUUUCAAAACUUGAAAUCAGUCUUUCACCCAUUGGCUAUCUUUGUCCAUCCCUUGGGAGUUGAGCUACCUAUCCACCAGUGCAUGGAUGCAAUGGCAAAGUCGUAUGGAGAUAAGCAGGGAAAACAGUUUUGGACAUGGGUGGAUCGAUUAUCCUCAGCUCAAAUUGGCUCAGACACAUGGCUUGUGAAGUUUGAUAAGUGGGAAUUGAAUGAUGAUGAGCGGCGAUGCUCUCUGACUACAGUCCUGAUGAGUUCAAAGUCAGAGGUACCGGAUGCUUAUACUUGGCUGCACAUGCAUCAAACAUGGUUCGAUGGUGUAGAACUUAAAGAACCAGAAAGAUGGGUAUUCUAGGUUCCUAAUGAGAUCAGCAUCUAUUUUUCGCAACCCCAAUAAAUGAUACUGAUUAUAUUCAACUGACUUAUGAAGGCAAGUUCAGGGUGCAGCUAGAGCUUGCCCCUAGCUGUUCCUGCGGCAGCUAGGGUUUGCUCCUCAGGGUCUUCUUACUUUCAUUUAUAGAAACUUCAAGUUAUUCACUGAUCUUUCACCAGUUUCUUAAUAAUUUUGCUUUUCAUGUGAUUGUUUUUAGGUGGGGCUCUGAUUCCGUAUUGCUUACACAUUCCAUACUGCAUGCUGUUUCUUAAAGAAUUCAGUAGCCCUUUCCACGUUUUCUGGUCGUGCAAAGACAAAUGCAACUCGCUAGGUCAAAGGAACAUGAUGAUUUAAGAUUGAAGAUUAAUUUGGAUUGUAAGUCAAUUGCAAAAUCAUGAGUACUGAGUAUAUAGAUACACUAAGGUGCUCUCUUACAAAAUCUUAUGCAUUAAAUACUACAUUCAGUUGUGGUAAUUUAAUUCCCAAGCAAUUGAAGAACCCAGAAACUUAGAUGAAUGUUUGCCAGGAUUGUUAAGUAACCAGUAUCUGCCAGGGCCACAGGUAGGAGAAGUGAGACAGUGAUUGGUUUUGUGCCCCUGCAAGAAAUUAGUAGAAACAUGAUUACAUAUAGUAUAUUGAAUUGCAAAUGUUAGAAUUCUCUACUGGAAGGUGUAGAGCGAAAAAGAUAAGUCCGUUAUGAUUCAUGACUUCCGGGUUUGUGGUCAUGCUCACGGAUGGGGCAGCUAAUGAUGAAAGAACUUCACUCUUUGUUGUGCAAUAAUACUAUUAGGCUCUGGAAUACAUUCCAAUGACGCAUUUAAGGUGGAUAUUUUGUUAUUGUUUUUCCA